CAUCUUUAUGAGACACACGAACGUCAGAGUGAAGAAGCUAGCAGGCUAACGAGCAGCGUUGUUUACUAAAAUGGCAACCUCCAAGAAGGGGAAGAAAGUAGUAAAUCAAGAGGAACUCCGACGGUUGAUGAGAGAAAAACAAAGACAAACGACAGACAAGAAGCGCGUCGAGUCUCCUUUUGCUAAGUACAACAGUCUGGGGCACCUCAGCUGCGUUCUGUGCAAUGUGCAGGUAAAGUCCGAGCUGCUGUGGCCGGCUCAUGUUCUUGGAAAACAGCACAAAGAAAAAGUUGCCGAGCUGAAGGGAGGAAAGAGUCAAGCAGUGAUGCAACCGAGUCAGCCGCUGAAGAGGAAAGCGCGGGACAACGAGGACGUUGAUGGAAAGAAGGCGAAACCAGCGGUAGUCGCAGGUCAGUCUGGAUCGGGGCUGCCGGGAGAUUUCUUUGAGAAGCCCAGCGAAAAGGCAGCUGUUUCCACCCAGAAGUCUGCAGGACUGAGUCUGUUGGCUGGAGUUUAUGAUGAGGAUGAUGAUGACGAUGAUACCGAACAGGCAAGUGAGGCAGGGACCACAAAUCCCCCUCCACAGAAGGCUGAAGCUGCAGGACUACCAGCUGAUUUCUUUGACAGCUCCAUCCCUUCCACACCUGCAAUCUCCCAUUCGGGAUCUAUCCUCAAAGCAGAGGUGCAGGAGAAGAUCGCUGAAAAGAAAGACAACACAGCCGAGGCGUUACCUGAGGGUUUUUUCGACGAUCCGGUUAGAGAUGCCAAAGUGCGCAACGUCGACGCCCCCAAGGAUCAAAUGGACAAGGAGUGGGAAGAGUUUCAGAAGGAGAUAAGACAGGUGAAUACAAAGUCAGAGGCCAUUGUGGCAGAGGAAGACGAGGAAGGGCGCCUUGAACGUCAGAUUGACGAAAUAGAUGAACAGAUAGAAUGUUACAAGAGAGUAGAAUUGCUGAGAGACAAGCGGGAUGUAGUGAAAAGGAAGCCUUUGUCCAGAAAGGAGGAACACAUGGAGACUGAUGAGGGCAUGGACGAGGAAGACGAUGAAGAGGAGUUGCUUGGACUGUUGUCCCGGGACUGGAGGGCUAAAGGGGCUUUGGCCUAAGUUCCUCCACAGUACUGAUAAAAAAAAAAAACGUUCUUAAAGAGGGGUUCUUUUGUGCAGCUCUGGCAGCACUACGAGAUUUGUUAAUAUGUUUGUUAAAAUGUCUUCAUCACGUCUUUUUGUAUACUUCAGACUGGAUUGGACACAAUUGCAACGUUCUGCCAUAAUAAAACAUUGUUGAGUGCCACUGGAAAACAGUGUUUCUCAGUUCAUGACACAAGGCAGACCACAAAUCAGACUUUUAACUGUUUAUUCAUUGGUGCUCAAACGAAAAGACAUUCAUAAAAUCUCCCAUAUACAGUAGCAGCAUGGACCCAAAAUCUAUGUCAUGGUGGCCAAAGCCGUUACAUUUCAAGCUCAACUAACCAUUGUCCUGCAAAAACAAACAGUCGACUAUGUUAAAUUCAUAAAUAAUUUUUUCAUGUUACAUGGAAAGCAACAUGCAAAGCACAACAGAAUUGUUUAAAAAAUGUAAAAUGUUGAGAUUAAGACCGUAAAGCAAAUCUUUACCAACCUGAGCCCCUUCACAAUAUAAUUGGUUGAGAACACAUUGCAAUGAUUUUUUUUUUUACAGAGUACAACAAAGUCUGAAUAUGACAAAUUUGUUAUGUAAAUACACCAUUAUUCUGCCAUUUAAAUGGAAUAAAAGGAAUCAAGUUGA